AUGUCCCCUCGCACCGACGCGACGAUCGCACAGCCGUCGCCCGUCGUCCUCGACGACGCGCCCUGCGACUGGAAGCUCCAGCGCAAGCUCCGCCACCGCCAGCGCGACGUCAGCCGCCGCUCGGCCGGCAGCCGCACCGCCGCCGAGUCGCGCGCCAAGCACCAGGAGCACCAAAGCCGCGUCGACGUCAUGCGCCUCGAGAAGGACGCGUGGCUGCCCGUGCGUCCCAAGAGCGCGAGCCGAGCGAUCCCCGAGCAGCUGCGGCCGACGCACGCGAGUCGCUCGGGGCCGUCGGCCACGUCGUGGCCGCCCGCGACGGCGGAAGAGCUGACGGACGCUAUGGACAGCCUCACGACGGCCGCGUGCGCCUCGUCGGCGCCGUCGGUCGGCCGAACGCUCGACGCGCAUCGACACGGCGCGCGCCACAUGACGCUGUUCGAGAGCGCCCGUAUCUUUAACGCGUCGGGACGUCUGCUGAGCCACGACGCGCUGUUUGACGAGCAGACGCUGUCGUUGUCCGACACGCGACGCGACGGACCGGUGAAGCGCAAGUUCAAGCGGCGCGGCGGACGUCGCAAGCACGAGAGCGUGCGGACGCCAAUGGCAGCGGUCUUCAGUACGGACGAAGUGGUGCUGGAGCUCCUGUUUCUGCUGUAUCCGGACGUGGACGUGGCGCAGGAGCUGAACCGACUGCUGCUGGGCGGGGCGCAGCACGAAGACGUGUUCCGCUUCGACGACGACGACGACGAUCUGGUCGAUGGGGCUCUUGUGACCAGCAGCGGCCACAAGGGCGGCGUGCUGGCCACUGACCUCCUGACAACGCAAGCGGCGCUCACGAGUAUGCUCUUUGGCCCGCACGAGGCCACACGGGCACUGCCCCCGCGGGGCACUGCUGUCCAGAAGCUGCAAGAGCUGUACUUGACGCCACAAUGGAUCGCCCGCGCUAUGCUGGCGACCGUGCAGCUCAAUGUCCUCGCGCAGUACAACCAGUUUGCAGUGCUGCGCGCGAUCUUCUGCGCGAUCCCAUCGCUGCGGUCGUGCGUCUUGGCAGCAGCAGUGUCGGCGUCGCUUGCGAUCUUCCAGCACCAGAGCGCACUCGAAGCUGUCGUGUUUACGCACGCGGCGCGCAAGGACCUGGUCACGGCCAAGGGCAUGCUCGCCUUUCUGAAAGCUGCAAUGGACGUCGUCGAGCGCGACGCACGCGACCACGCGGACGUGUUUGGCAGCAAUGACGACCAGAUUCGCCGCACGAUCGCAGGGCUCUGCAGUCAGAUCAUGCGAGCGAUCCAACUCCUCGUGAGGAGCUCGCACGGAGGCAUUGACAACGAGGACCGUAGCCACAACCGACUCGAGAAGUACGUGGCAUCGAGUGACUCGGCCGAAGCGACGACGUACCGCGCCAUGGGCGAGUUGGUGAGUCAAGUGGCGGCCUUCUCCCCGAUGCACGGCGAAGAGUUUGUUUGCUGGAUGGUUCACAAGUGGCCCCGGCGCAACGUGCAGCUGCAGCUGUUCUUUGUGCGGUUCACGGGCAGUCUACUGCUGCAGUUUAUGCACCUCGGGCUCCACGUUGCGGCCGCAGUCGUGCGUCGCGCCUUCACGUGCCUCCAGGUCGGCAUCCAGUCGACGCACUUUUUGGUGGCCCAAGAAGCGUGCGGCGUGUGCGGGAACUUGCAGCUCAUGAGUCUGUACCUCUCGCGUGACCAGAUGCUGCGGGAGAAGAUCGCGUCGGCGUUGCACGCGAAUGCCGUCUCGCACUGGAACCAGCGCAUUCGAGAGGUCUCGGACGAGUGCUUCGAUAGGUUACUGGACUUGGCGUGA